GAUUCUCAAUGGGUUAGUAGCUAGUGAGUUAAUUUAAGCUUUUCACAGCAGAUUUUUUCUACCUUAAUUCACUAUCUGAUACGACAGUUUAUGUGAACCAAAGUUACUUAAUCUCCAUCUGCUCGAAGUUUCAAUAACAUUCAUAAGCACGUAUUUGAUGUACAAUGCGCACUAGAUUGUCGAUAGUUUCUAGGUUAAUUUAACAGUUGCAAGUAUAAAACGGCAGUUAACCUAUAUUCCCCGAAUAUUUAAUGCUGCAGCAAUUUAAUAUCACCUCAAACAUAUCAACAUGAAGUGCAAAUUCUGUGUUCUGGUAGAAUUGUUACCAUAAUAUCUGUACCUGAUGAACUAGUUCCGAAGCAUUUACGAAUAACAAACCCUACGUAGCAGUCACGUCUUUGGUUGUAGCACGACCUGCUAUAAUUAUUUUGGUUAAGCAUUAAUUGAAAACCACUGUUUUGUCGCUGAGUGUUGUCCCCUGUUUAUUGUCUUCUAAGUAAAAGAUAGUCUCACAUGUGUCUCAGUUUUAUCAUUCGUUUAAAUUCUUAAUUUAUCAAAAGUUAUCGACUAUAUUAAAGCAAUCUGUAUAAACGUCAAACGAGACUGGUCCGAAUUCUUAAAAUGUCAACAUUCUAUUACCAAUACUUAUCACUUUAAUACUUGUAAAAUGUCGAAUGCAAUGCUUCGAUUUAGUACUCUUGCAAUCUCCAAAUUAUCUGGGUGCCUGUUUUCGGGUUUAAACUACUUACAAUAAUAAUGAAAUUACAAGUCAUCGAGGUUUAUGCUGGUGUAAGUUACCUUUACUAUCGUUGAGAUCCUGAUUUGACUGGGAAAGUUUCGGCAAGGAUUUUUCUGAAGCAAUUCUUCGUGAUCUAUACUUGUCUUAUAUGUCCUCUCAAAGUCGAAAAUAUUCAGUUACUGAUGCAUCCUAUGGAUAUAAUUCAUGAUUAUAUUGUGCUUUUAUUUCAGUAGUAACAACUUGGUGUUUUGAGACAAAGUAUAUUUAACUGCGAUCUAAAAAUAUCUGCACAAGAAUAUGGGAAAUGAUGAAGUUGUACUUACUGAUAGCACGAAGAAAAUUAAAGCUAUAAUCUUAAUUGGUGGUCCAUGUAAAGGGACUCGCUUUAGGCCACUUUCAUUGGAGUUGCCUAAACCACUUUUUCCAAUAGCUGGGUUUCCAGUUGUUUACCAUCACAUCGAAGCCUUUUCCAAGUUACCGGGAUUGAGGGAAAUCAUUCUUUUGGGAUUUUACCAACCAAAUGAGGCUCUCAACCAGCUUAUUUCGAAUGCGCAGCACGAGUUUAAGGUUUCUGUUAGAUAUUUACAGGAGUUCACAUCACUAGGAACAGCUGGUGGUAUAUAUCAAUUCCGUGACCAAUUAUUAUCUGGAUCUCCGGAUUUGUUGUUCGUGAUGAAUGGUGAUGUAUGCUGUGAUUUACCUCUUGAGGAAAUGCUCGAGUUUCACAAAUGUUUGGGUACUGGGGAUCGGUUUCUAAUUAUGGCGACUGAUGCGACACGUCAACAGUCUAUGAAGUUCGGUUGUAUUGUUGAAGACCCCAACACCCAUGAAGUUAUGCAUUAUGUCGAGAAGCCAGCAACGUUCGUCAGCACAACAAUAAAUUGUGGUCUUUACCUAUUUACUCCUGGGAUAUUUAAAUUUAUUCGUAUAGCUUUUCUUGAACAUCAGAAUCAACUAAACUAUGAUUUAAGACCUUCAUGCAAAGAAACUAUUCAUUUAGAACGAGAAAUAUGUCAACCGUUAGCUGGAAGUGGGACUUUAUUUGUUUAUCAUACCAAUCGGUUUUGGAGUCAAAUCAAAUUUGCUGGUGCUGUAAUCUACGCUAAUCGUCAUAUAUUGUCACUUUAUGAAAGAACCCAUCCUCAUAGACUUGCUAAAAUGUCAAUACCAAGUUCAUCAAACCUACAAAUGUUAGAUGAUCCCAUUAAUUCAUCAUUAGUUGUGAUGAAUGGCAAUUGCCAACCGUCGAUUUGUGGACCGAUCAUAAUUGGUCAUGUAUUCAUACAUCCAACUGCUUCAAUCGACCGAACAGCUGUUAUAGGACCCAACGUAAGUAUAGGUGAACGAGCUGUAAUACAAGCAGGUGUACGUCUACGAGAAUGCAUUGUACUCAGGGAUGUUGAGAUUCGUGCACACGCUUGUUGCCUGAAUGCAGUAAUUGGAUGGAAUACAGUUAUUGGGGAAUGGGCUCGUGUCGAAGGUACACCCAAUGAUCCUAAUCCUAAUAAGCAAUUUACCAAACUUGAAGUUUUACCUGUUUUCAAUGUUAAAGGUCAACUAAAUCCAUCCAUUACUGUGAUUGGCUCCAAUGUGGAAAUUCCUCCUGAAGUUAUUGUUCUGAACUGUAUAGUUCUACCACAUAAAGAAUUAUCACAAAGUGCCAGAAAUCAAAUUAUUUUAUGAUAUACAUGUCAUCAAUUUAUAUUAGUACACAAAUGUAUGUGUGUACGGGAGACAAUAUUGUGUAUACAAUUAAAGCAACUAUCAACUAAUUUGUCUCAACUGUUUAUUUUCAUAUGUAUCUAUUAGGCGGUUUGGUUAAUGUUUGAAAAAAAAAUUAGGAAAGUAUGUACAUUUUUACUUGAUACUUAUUUCUCGAAAAAAAACUUUAUUCUUUCUUAUAUACGUGACAAGCAUGAUAAUAUUUUCCUUUGGUUAUUUCAUUAUGAUUUAUUUAUCGUUUUGAUCUGUUUUCUUUUUUUUGUUCGAAAAAACCCAACUGUAAUUUGAUUUUAAACUUGUUUAUUGUUUUUUUUGUUUUUUUUUAAAAUUUUUUUGUACAAUUGGACUGAUCUUCUUUGUAUCCAUUGGUAUUGUACGAUAGUAGUUUUAAAUAGGAAUGACCGUUUCUAUCCUUUCUAUAUAUUAUUUUAUAAUAUCGUUUCUCAGUUUAAUUCUUAUUCUCUUAUAUUAAUUUAUACGAAAGACAAUAAUUCAUCAUUAUUUAUUAUCAUUGGUUUGCUUUUUUGUUUUUUAGUUCAACAGUUGUUUUUUUCUCUCUUUUGUGUUUCUUUAUUAUUCUAGUAUGAUUACGGAGCACUAAUAAACAUGUUUGUUUAACCCUUAAAUAUUGAAUUAAUCCAUUAAAUUGAUGAAAUAAAUCUGUUUUUUUUUUAAAAAAGAAAUUUAUAUAGUUCAAAAAAUCAAUUUAAUCUGUAAAGCUGGUCGAUGAAAUCUAGAAUGAGUGCAACAUAAAAUCACGGUUCACCAAGUUAAUAGAAUAGUUAAAUUAUUAAUGAUUUUAUCAUGAUUAGAAAAUAUGUGGUAAUUAGCAUUGGAAUUGAUUUUUAAUUGUUAAACAAUAUGUAAUUAAUUACUAUAGAUGUAGAAAGUGUACCUUAAAAAUUCUUUAAAUAAAAAGUAUCAAUAAUUAGUAACCUGUAAAACGAAAGUCAAUUAUAACUAACUGAGUUCACGAG